GAGCGAUUUUCAUGACUCCGAGGACUGCGGGUUCUACCGAUCAGACCAGUCCCGCUGGCUGGCUCACGGAAUCUCUGUGGUGGGGAAUAGGAGGGCCUACCUCGGUGCCCGUAAUGGUAGGAGGCAAGAGACAGUCAACGGGGUCCGCGCGUUCUGCACAGGCAGUAAGCAGUAAGGAAAGAGAAGAUGGUGUAGGAGGGUGGAAGGGAAGCGGCCAAGACUACGGGGCCUCAAACUACUAAGUUCAGUGUUCACGGACUCAGUAGCUCACGAGAGGCCUCACGGUAGGGUUUACUCGAUUCGAUACCUGUUCGGAGAACCGCUCGAGAUAACUGUAAAUUUGCCCAGUGAAGGAAGUGACAGGACAUGUAUAGACCUGGAGUGUACGAAUAUCGGUUGGAGGAACUGGUGUUUAUUUGCGAGUGACAACUUGGAUUGUAAGAUUGGAUUGGCUAAACCCUGUUUGGAGUUCCGACGUACUUCUGCCGCUGGAUCGUGAACCUGCCAGCGGAUUUGUGAAAAAAAGCUCUCUGUUUGAGCUGAGUAAUUUAUGUACAGUCUAUUAUAUGCGGUGUAUAUUUUUACAUCAAUACUUGGUGAUUGCCCGUGUGAGCGUGAAAUAGAGACAGAUAAUAGUGAAUCAGCACAUCUGGGACCACUGAAAGAUAAAAAAAAAUUUGUUGGCAGUAUGUUUGCUCGCAUCCACUAAGUACUCUUGAGCAUGACACUUUUGUGACCGUACAGACGUGUUUUUAAUGUGCUGUGAGCGACCUUAACUGUACACAGCAGCAGAGUUCGCUUACCACUUCGAUGUAGUGGUAGUGUGAGUGACGACGUCGUGCAUCGCUCCCGACAUCAAGGCACGAUGCCGAAGAUCUUUCUGAUCAAAAACCGGCUGCAUCAGCAGCAGUUGCGGUUGCUGGAAUCGACACAUCCUAGCAAGAGCCCACCGCUCGGCAGCGGCAAGGACAGCCCACUCGGUAGUUCGGAACCGUUGAGUCUCAUAGUCAACAAAGAUCAAUAUCGCGACAAAACCGAUGAUGACCGCGCGACAGAAUCCCCAGAAUCCUUGCGCAGCAGCAGUCCGGUUCCGUCUCCACCACCGCAGCUAGUAACAAGUCCACAACCCAGACGCUUCAUCUCCAGCAUUCUUGGUGGCGAUGUGCCGUACGGCAGUAGGCGCCAUGUGCUCACCCGAGCAGAACGAAAAGAAUACAGCAGUCCGCCAAUAGCUUCGGAUGAUCCUCCCCAGUUCCUGUCCAAGUCGGAAAAGAUCGCGUUGCCGAGGCCACAGACGCCACCAAAGACGCCUCAUGUGGAGCCGCCUACCAGAGUCUCGGUUAUCCAGAGGGUGCCGCCGCAAGGUCAAUCAGCCUCCAGGAAAGAAGGCAAUAAGAUCGAAGUUGAGAGAGUCGAUCCAGUGCAAGCUCCCGAACCGGAACAGGAACAGCCGAUUGAUUAUGCAGUACCGAAACGAAAAGAAGAAGAUGAGGAGAAGUGUCGUGAUGGCGCAGUAGCAUCGCGCAUCUCCGGAAAUUCGAUUGCAAGAUCGCUGCUGGCCGUGAAACUGUCCGGCUCGCAUGUGGUGCAAGCGGCUGCGGGGCAUGGCAGAUCCUCGAACUCGGGCAACAACGGUUCCUCGGGCGGCAGCGGCGGCUCCGGCAAUUCCUCGCCCUCGUCGAACAACAACGGGAUGAUCGGUGGAUGCAGCAACGGAACGAUGAUCGGCGGAUGCAGUGGCGGUGGUGGCAGUGGCGGUGCCGUAGGCGGUGGCGCCGGUGGAGGUGGUAUGCCUCCCGGAGGAAACGGAGGACGCGGCAACUAUGGACCGAGUUCGCCGCCGACAGGAUCCUUGCCGCCGUUCUACGAGUCCCUAAAAGGCGGCAACAAUUUGGCCAACUUCGCCAAUCAAUAUAACAGUGCUCAAGGAAAUGCAUAUCUUACACCAUUGACAGCGGUUGGAAUUGAAUGCGAUACCGGUCAACAAGAUAAUUCUCAGCACGCUCAGUAUAGUGCACAGGAGGGCAAACAGUAUUCUCUUCUUCAGAAUGUCUGUGCAAAUGUUUGCGCAUCCUACGGUUUGAUGUUUAAGGAGGAAGAAGAAGAGACAUACAAAAUUCAGACAAACGAUCUGUUAUCCGCCCCGUACGGUAACUACGACGUUACUGACACGGGCAUGAUGGUAGACAUGGUGACCGGUGUCGUAGUAGACCCGUUGCAGUUCACCGCGGCGACUUUGACCUUCAAUUCACCAUCCGAUCACACGGCGCUACUAGAAAGUCUUAGUGACGCCGCAGAUCUCUUGUUGCCUAGGUUGCAAACCGACGACGGCGGUAGCGAUCUCUUGGAGGAGUCAUUGCAUUCGCCCGCCUCGACCGGCAGCAGCGGAAUCGGCCAGGACGCCAGUCAAAUGACCACUCCCGUCGAGCCCAGCGUCGAUCCUUUCCCCGAGCACAGCAUGGCCUUGACCAGAGGCUUUGACACGAGACAUUACACGACCCCACAACACUUCAAUGCGUCUAAACUCGCGGGUUUAAGCUACGCGGCCGGAGAGUCGGGCUAUCAGCCACUUCCGAAGGAACGCCCGGAGCUUCCAUUGCACGUGAAUCAGAAUCAUCAGCAUCAGCAGGAGCAGCAGCUGCAAAUUCAAGUACAAUUGCAGCAUCAGACGAAACAGCAAGUCACCGCAUCGCCACACCCGCAGCAACAACAGCAGCAACAUCAAGGUCUUCUGAGCCCAGGAUUAAGUUUUACCGGUAAUGGGCUAGAAUUAGACUCUGGUAGCAGCGUUGGUGGAAGCUUGCCCAGUCCCGGCACUGCUAGCUGUUCCUUGGACGGUACUUCAACCGGCACCUCUCCAUCAUGCGCGCUGGCAGAACACGCCCACAGUCCGGUUGUAUCACCCAGCACAGUGAAUGCAGCUCAAACUAACGGGCCAGUAGGUGAACCACCGCUGUCACAACGGGUCGGUGUACUUCAACAAAGGUUGGGUUUACCAAAUGACUGUCAGAUAGAAUUUGUUAACGGGGGUCACGGCAUAAAGAAUCCUUUAGCCGUCGAGGGUCAAAGGCAAGCGACAACUAAUCGAGAUGAAGAAAGAGUGAAUCGAACGCCGCCUGGCAAGGAGGAUGAUCCCAAUCGUUUCACCUGCCGUGUGUGCAGCAAAACCUUCAGUCUCCAGCGACUUCUCAAUCGCCACAUGAAAUGUCACAGCGACGUGAAGCGUUAUCUCUGUACGUUCUGCGGAAAGGGCUUCAACGACACGUUUGAUCUCAAAAGACAUACGAGAACGCACACAGGAGUACGACCUUACAAAUGCUUCCUUUGCGAAAAGAGUUUUACGCAGAGAUGUUCUCUGGAGAGCCACGGUCAGAAGGUUCAUGGCGUUCAGCAUCAAUAUGCGUAUAAAGAGCGACGUGCUAAGAUGUACGUUUGCGAGGAGUGCGGACACACCACGCAUGAGCCAGAAGUACAUUAUCUUCAUCUGAAGGAACAGCAUCCUUAUAGUCCGGCGCUACUGAAGUUCUAUGACAAGCGGCACUUCAAGUUCACCAAUAGUAAUUUCGCCAAUAUGUUGCUCCAGGUGGGCACAGAUUCUGGAUAAACACGAUACUAUUCUUGAAACCGUGUUAAAGUAGAACAUUGCACGUUGAUUAAUCAAAUCAACGAUCUGAUGUAGGGAGGCUUCGAUACUCGAAUGAAAACAAAAUACACAGCGCGGUAUACAAGAACAUGAAAUUGUUCUUGGUGAUGUAACUCUUCAGGGUGGCCUGUUGCAACGGGACUCGCGGAAUACGGACAGCUGCAGCCUCGCGGAGCGACGAGAGACGGCGAAGAGCAGCGAGACGACCCAGACCACGACCAGCUUCUAGAUCCGUCGAGACAACCCCAGGCAAAACGUCUAUCACGCUGAUCAAGUACUUGGGGAGAUGGCAUCGCGCGAAAAGUACCUGCAGGUGGCUCCCAUAAUGGUGACACUGGAAUAAACAUCGAAAUUCGGCGACAGGAUCGAAGGAUCGUGAUCUGUGAUCAAUUAGAUCCCGCCGUUCUGAGCUCACGAAUAAAGGGAGAGAAGAAGAAAAGAAGAAGAGGACAAGGAAGAAUAAGAGUAAGAAAAGAUUCUUGCGUGCGGCUAUAGUUGCGUAAAAAAGCUAAUCGAACACUUGGUUCUUGUAUCAUAGUUUCUCGCGCAGAGAAAUCUAUAUGGAAACCGUUAUUAAGAUUCCGUAUUAUUCAUUUUCUUUAGCGGUUUUAUGACAAUAAACAUAAAUUAUCGCUAUAGAAAAAAUAAUAUUCGGAGAAAUAACGGUAACGUGUAAUUAUCGCCCGCAGCGAUUGACAAGAUUCUUCAUUCGCAAUAGGUGGUACGCGGCAACUCCGUUUUCAAGCAAAAGCUUUCAAAACGGACUUGUUGCAAGCGGACGGCGCUACUAUAAAUCUCGCUCGUUAUUCGACACGUCCAUAAAAUUCUUCCUUUAAAUUCUUAAAAUAUUUUUAUAGUAUCUUCUCUUUUAACAUAAUUAUAUUUUUAGCUAUAUAAACAGCUAUAUAAUUAAUUUAAAAGAAACUUAGAAUAUCACGACUGAUAAUGUGGAUUAUAAGGGAAAUGCAUGGGACACAUGUAUGCCCAUUCGCAUGCAUUCAUGUGCGCGCGCGCGCGCGCUCGCGCAACCUAUACAUAUACACAUCUACAUAAUCACAUUAUACGCAAUAACAUAUGUAGAUUUUAGAUGGAAUAUUAUGACAGACUCAUGGGGCACAAUAUCGAGCAGACCCAAAGACUCGGAUAGAACGUUUCAGGAAUGUCGAUCAUCCUCGGCGAGCGAGCCGAGGAACGGGGGAAGGAUACGGUCACAUGAAAGACUUUCUCAGAGAUGUACGGCGAGUUACGUUACUUUUCGACUCGAUGGGCAAGCGUGUGCGCGGAAUUGAAUUCUUGACGUCACAAUCGCCAAAGGGUUUUCCGAUCGCGAUUUUCGUCACGAAUCUUCCUUUGUUUUCGAGGCGGUCAUCAGAAUCGAAAGAAUUCGAGCUGCUCGAAUGCCACAUACCGCGUAAUGGGGCGAAAUCACUUUGUGCAUAGUAUUUGGGCAGAAUGACUUACCGUACUAUUGUAGAAAUAGAAUUUCAACUAUCGAUGUCUAGUGAAAUAACAUUGAAGAUGAUCAAAAUUGACAUUGUCAUUCCGUUAAUAUAAUUAAUGAUUUUAUUAUUUAGCUGUGACACUUGUAAACUCCAGAGAAGAUUUCAAUGAAUAAUUAUUACAGCGGAAUAAGUGCUCGAGUACGAUUAAAAUCGUAACGAUUUCCAAGAAAUGCUUCAAUUUCAAUUAUCACCACAAUUAUUUUUCUAAAUAUCGAUAACGUAUAUGUAUGAUAAAUUUCGAAGCAACCGAAGUGCACUUUGGGUAAUCUGUGAUAUGAUAAGAGUAACAAGACAUUUCGCUCGCUCCUCCACGCAUCGGAUUUCGUUUUUCCGCUCUUGCACCAUGAUUCUUUACGGGCUCGGGGAAGGGAUAAGGGAAAAAAGAGUAAGAGAAGGAGGAAAAAUACGCACCGAUUAUACACCUACACUUAUGUAUACACACGCACACAUUUAACACAAAACGGGAUUUCGUGCAAUUCUAAGAUGGUAGGACUUAAAUCGGACACGUACCGGUAUAUUCCGCUCGAUUCCAUUGUAAAGACGAGCCGUCGGAUUCGCUCGCAUCGUCUUCGGCCGGAAAAGCACGGUUCGCGAGCUUUCUAAAUUUAAGGUGCUCAAUACAGUUGGUCGGCAAGCGGUCGGUCGAGAUCAGAAAAUGAUUUAACCCUUUGAAACGCGCAGUGGCUACGAUGCGCAAUUUUCUUUUCAUGCGAUAUUUUAUAUCUUUAAUUUGCACAGUGAUUUUACAUGGCCAUCUCUGUAUCACUCUCAUUGAUUACUAACUUAAUAAUAAAACUUUUUUUGUAUUUAUUUGUAUUAUAAAAUUUAUAAUUUAAAUUAUAAUUUAAAUUUUAUUAUAAACUAUAUAUAAUUGAUGUACAUAUGUAUAUACGCUUAUUUUAUUUGUGGCAGCCGUAAAACUUGAAAUGCAAUUGUCAAAGGGUUAAAAAGACCACAUCCGCGAACACGACCUCGAAAAGCACAUCCCUUCAACCUUCGGUCGGGCACAACAAAAUAAGAGUGUUUCAUUCAAUAAUGCUUCAUAUAAUAUAUCAAAUGUCAAUUUAGAAUCUUGAAACACAUAAAAAUAUAUAAAAGUAAUACAUAUUAUACAUAUAUACAUGGGUCUGUCCCAAAAGUUUCCGACUUUUAUUAAAACUCACUCUGUAAGAUAAUAAUUAUAAAUUUUUAUUUAUAAUUAUUCGAAAUACAUCUCUUCUGAAGAAAUACAAUAUUUACAACGGUCGUAUAGCUUAUAAAACUCCGCUGAAAGUCUUCCUUUAAGAUGGUCGAAAUGGCCUCGGUCGAAGCCUUCUGGAUAUCCAAAAUAGUGUCGAACUGCUUUCCCUUCAGCUUCAUUUUUAGUUUCGGGAACAAAAAAUAGUCACAUGGUGCCAAAAUGGCACCAUGGAGAAAUAAGGAAUGAUCAAGGACCGAUUUGGACCGAUUUGGAAGCGAGAAAUUUACGCAGGGCGAUGCACUUGUGAGCCAGAGUAUUGUCAUGCAGAAGUGACCAAUUGCCUUGCGUUAUGUAUUUGCUUUUCAACAGAUUUCUAAAGCUAUACGACCGUUGUAAAGAAUUGCAAAAAAUUGUAUUUCUUUGGAAGGGACGUAUUUUGAAUAAUUAUAAAUAAAAAUUUAUAAUUAUUACCUUACAGAGUGAGUUUUAAUAAAAGUUCGGAAAUUUUUGGGACAGACCGUGUACAUACAUACCCAAACAGCAUAACAAACAUCCUGGAUAUCCUUAGGAUGUCUUGAGGCAAUUCUCAGGACUUCGGGAUAUCCUUAAGAUGUCCUCAGGAUGUUUCGUGCUAUGUGGGUAUUAGCAAUUCUUUGUUGCAAGAAUCUGCAAAUGACUUUAAAAACUAAAAAGCGAAGACACAUAAGCGCUUUAUUGAAAAAAAACGUAAGCUGCAGCCCGUCUGAUGGUUGACAUAUCAAGAGCAUAUGAUAAUUUUUAUUAUUGUAAAUAGCAUAUGGCUAGAGAGACUACUGAUAUUUAAUUCUUACAUAUACAGACUGUCGAGAAAGAAUGUGUGUGGCCAGCAUAAGCUAUUUAUUAUAAAAAUUUACACAAGGAAUACACAUACAAUACUUGAUUAGAACUACAAGUCACGUUCGCAAUAAAAAAUCCAAUCGUUAUCAUUGCCAAUAAUUGUCGACAAUAGAGACUGAAACGUCAACCUAUGCACUUACAAUUAGUGAAAAGAGGAAAAUUAUAUCGAAAUUUGUAUCAACUUAAUUGAUCUUUACAGUAAUUUUCAAAUUUCUGGUUCAUUAAAAUUUCGUAGAAAGAAAAUAAAUACCGAAGACAAUUAAUUUCAAUUAAAUAUUCUAUGUAUAUUCUCUGUUCUAUUUUUAUAAUGAAUAAUUUAAAAGUUAUGUGUUAAUCAUGCUCUUUGUUGACAGACUGUAUUCGCACGCAAUUUUAAUCUCGGUUAUUUCGGCAUAGGCACGCUUUGCCGAGAUGCUCAUCGCCGCGUAUUGUAAAUAAGUUUCAUCGGCGGAAACGGGUACCGGUUACUCCGCGAUUAUCACUAUCUUGCUUAUGUUAAUAAUGUACACGAUAUUUGUAUAUGAACGCAUAAGGAUUGGAAUCUCAGCACGGUUCUUGCACUUAUACCUUGGAGAAAAAUAUUCAAGGAUAAUAGUCGUUCUCGUUGCGCACUGUCAAAUUAAUAUGUUGCACAUUUUUUUACAUCGUCUUAUUAUUAUUAAUAUUAAUAUUGUAUUUGUUUAAGCGAUAAUGUUAUCGUCGUUUCUAUUAUUAUUUAAUUUACGUUCAGUAUUGUCGCAAACAGUAGCACUUAAUUAUUUUUCAGCAAGUUUAUUCAUUUGAAAUUUAAUUACUGUCUUGCUAUAUUGUUACUUCAAUAUUUGCAAAUGCUAUCAAUUUCCUGAAGCGUUCAACUUUGCCUCUCUAGUACUUAAUAAUUUGUCAUUCUGUUUAUUAUAAUUAUAUUAUAAUUAUUAAACCCUAAAUAUAAUAAUUUUAGUUAUUAACUCUAUUAUUAAUAUAUUAUAGAUAGAUAGUGCUUCGUACAGGACAUAUAGUUUUAUAUAAUAUUUAUCGGAUUGUUCAGUUAGAAGCGACUUUGUUUAGAGCAGGCGAGAAAAAUGUAGAUUGUAGUUAAAGAACAGUUAUGGUACAAUUUGCCUAAUUCCUAAAAAUAAAAAUAUUUUAUCUAGUUAUUUAUUAUAAAAUUAUUACAUAAAAAUUCAGUUUUGAAAAAAAAACUGUUACUUAUGUAAUGUUUUAAUUUAUGAAUAUAAACAUAUAUACGAGGAAUUAAAAAGUAACCUUGUAGCAAUAAAAAGUCAAAAAUACAUGUCCGGAGGACUCACUAUUAACAGCGAAUCAUACUAUGAUUGCUUCAGAAACCUACAAAAUCAGAUCAAAAUGUCGCGAUUUACUCGGUUCUGGUGUGUUGCAGCAUGAUAACGCGCGGCUGUACAUAGCUCAUGCGACAGUCAAGAAAAUCACGAAUCUGCGUUUGGAGUGUCUUCCACAUCCUGCAUAUUCACUAGAGUAAUAUCACCUCGCACCGAAUAAUUAUCAUGUGUUUGGACCUUAAGUAGGCACUCGGUGACAAAAAAUUCAGUACGGACGAUGAGGUAAAAGAGGCGAUGCAUACCUGUGUGACUACGCAGUCAUUCAGAAAAAUUUUUUUCUUGCGGAAUCCAGACAGUAAAGCGCUAUAUACUUAUAUAUUAAUUAUUUUAAUCUGAUUUUUAUAUUAGAACAAUAAUGCAGUUCAAACUACUUGAACAAAAUAAUUUAUAAUACAACUAUACAACUGGAUACGAUGCUUUUCCUGGAUUAGGCAAAUUUUAUUCAGUAAAACAUAUUAUUAACGUAUGCCUGCGUGUAUAUGCGAAUUGAGCACAUGAUUGCAUGCGAGGAUAUUAUUGCUUGUACGAAUAUUUGUGUGUGUUAUGUAUGCCGUAUAACACAGUUUUUAGUUACAUUUUUGGCAUUUAAACAACAUAGUUAUAUGAAAGCUUUGAAGAGAAAAAAAGAGGAAAAAUGUAUAAAGUGUAGCUAAAAUAGAUAGACCUAUUGUUCAACAUACUGUGUACGUUAUUUGAAAGUUUGUAAAUUUCUAUUAGAGCGUGACUGCGUCAUCUGGAUAUUGGUGUUUACUUAUUAGCGAUCGUUAUUAAUUGUAGUUAAUGGUAAAACGUGGUUACACGCUCUUAUAUGUUGUGAAAAAUAAUAAAAAUUAAUAUUAUAUACACUUU